ACAAUGGAGCUCUACAUCCAUCAUCUAUACUCCUCAUCGUCCCACUUCCUCACUUCACCCGUCAUCUAUUCGAAUAAAUUCUCCAGAGAGCUGAAAACUCAGAAAAGCAUACAAUUCUAUAGAGUCUGUGCAGCGAAGUCAAUUCUAGAGAACGCUUCUUCACUAGACCUGCAAAAACGCUCGAAGAAGGAACUCUCUCGGAUUCUCCGAACCGAGGCGGCCAUCGAAGCUAUUGAGAGGAAAGCAAACUCUAGCAAGUACAAUAACCUCUGGCCCAAGGCUGUCUUGGAGGCUCUCGAUGAUGCUAUCAAGGGAAACCGUUGGGAGUCUGCUCUUAAGAUUUUCAGGCUUCUUCGUAAGCAACACUGGUAUGAGCCAAGAUCCCGGACAUAUGCAAGGCUUUUGGUAAUGCUUGGCAAGUACAGGCAGCCAAACCAAGCUAGCUUACUUUUUGAUCUCAUGCGAUCUGAUGGGCUUCAACCAACGCUGGAUGUUUACACUGCGCUUGCAAGUGCAUACGGUCUUAGUGGCCUACUUGAUGAGGCAUGGCAUACGAUUCAUGAUAUGAAGUCGAUCUCUGAUUGCAAACCUGAUGUGUAUACUUACUCAAUCCUUAUCAAAUGCUGCAUGAAAUUCCAACGUUAUGAUAUGAUUGAGCACAUUUUAGCUGAGAUGUCGUAUUUGGGAAUUGAAUGCAGUAACGUGACUUACAAUACUAUAAUUGAUGGAUAUGGAAAAGCUAAUCUUUUUGAACAAAUGGAAAACUCCUUGCUGGAGAUGAUUGAGAGUGGCAUGAGCCUUCCUGAUGUUUUCACUUUGAAUUCAGUUAUUGGAGCCUAUGGUAAAUGUGGAAACAUUGAGAAAAUGGAGAAGUGGUUUGAUGAGUUUCAGCUUAUGGGAAUAAAGCCAGAUGUCAUGACAUUUAAUAUACUAAUCAAGUCAUAUGGAAAAGCAAAAAUGUAUGCAAAAAUGGGUUCUGUACUUGAUUACAUGGGGAAACGGUUCUAUUCCCCAACAACGGUUACCUAUAAUACAAUCAUUAAGACCUUUGGAAAAGCGGGAAAUAUUGAUGAGAUGGAAGAGUUUUUCUUGAAAAUGAAACAUCAAGGAAUGAAGCCUAAUUCAAUCACUUAUUGCUCUCUGAUUAGUGCUUAUAGUAGAGCUGAAAUUCUAGAAAAGGUUGAUUCGAUUUUGAGGCAAGUAGAAAACUCAGAUGUGGUUUUAGAUACUACAUUUUUUAAUUGUGCCAUUAAUGCUUACGGGCAAGCUGGUGAUAUAGAGAGGAUGGUCAAGUUGUUCUUGGAAAUGAAGGACCAACAAUGUAGACCAGAUAAUAUCACCUAUGCUACCAUGAUAAAGGCAUACAGUGCGCAGGGGAUGAUUGAAGCCGCUGAAGAUCUACAGAGUAGAAUGAUCAGUGGUAAUGACUUUCCAGGUACUCAUAUGAAUGCCUUACAGUUUGCAGACAACUAUAAUUGUCUGUGUGCAUUUUCUCCUCGCAUUAAAUACAAGAUGUUGUACCAAUUGUCUAAUUUGGACUAUUCUUCUAUCUAGCUGUGCAAGAGGGUGAAGUAAAUAAAUAGUAGCGGUAUUUAGUAAUGUCUAACAAUUUUCUAUAUUGUAUAAACCAGUUUUCAGACAUUUAAUGAAAUUCAGAUUGACUUUUACUUUGUUUUUGUGACUACUUGAUAUCUGAUAUCAAUUUUUGU